GUGGUGUUGAGCAGCUCUUCCAGCCUGCGCGGCACGUCGUUCUCCUGGUAGUACGCCAUCGCCUGCUGCUUCAGCCUCUUCAGGUCCCUGGGGAUCCCACAGCUGCGGCCGCCGCCUUCUUCCCCCAUGAUGAAAACAUCUGAGACUCUGGACUAAGCACUCGUGCAAGACCACACAGCAAGGAGGUAGUGGGUGCCAAGAUGGAGAGUGUCGGCGUGUACGGAUUCUGUGGGUGCAAAGGAAAGAACAGAGCGAAGUGUGAGUCGAGGCGGGAAAUAACGGCAGAAGAAACUGCUCCCACAUCUGCGUAUUCCUCCCCAGCCCGGAGUCUCGGGGACACAGGGAUAACACCUCUGUCCCCCUCCCAUAUCUUGAACGACACAGACCCGGUCUCGGAGCAGCAGGCGUUUCUUGUGGUGGUGGCCAUAGACUUCGGCACCACAUCCAGUGGUUAUGCCUACAGCUUUACCAAGGAGCCCGAAUGCAUCCAUGUGAUGAGGAGGUGGGAGGGCGGUGACCCCGGCGUCUCCAACCAGAAGACCCCGACAACCAUCCUGCUGACGCCAGAGAGGAAGUUCCACAGCUUUGGGUAUGCUGCCAGGGACUUCUACCAUGACCUGGACCCCAACGAGGCCAAGCAGUGGCUGUACUUGGAGAAGUUCAAGAUGAAACUCCACACCACAGGGGACCUCACCAUGGACACAGACCUGACAGCAGCAAAUGGCAAGAAAGUCAAAGCCCUUGAAAUCUUUGCAUACGCCUUGCAGUACUUUAAGGAGCAGGCACUGAAGGAGCUGAGUGACCAGGCAGGGGCGGACUUUGAGAACUCUGACGUCAGAUGGGUCAUCACCGUGCCUGCCAUCUGGAAGCAGCCAGCCAAGCAGUUCAUGAGAGAAGCUGCCUAUCAGGCAGGCCUGGCCUCCCCUGAGAACUCCGAGCAGCUCAUCAUUGCCUUGGAGCCCGAGGCUGCCUCCAUCUACUGCCGGAAGCUGCGUCUGCACCAGAUGAUCGAGCUCAGCAGCAAGGUGGUGGCCAACGGGUACAGCGCCAGUGACACAGUAGGAGCGGGGUUUGCACAGGCCAAGGAACAUGUUCGGCGAAACCGGCAGAGUCGCACCUUUCUGGUGGAGAAUGUCAUUGGAGAGAUCUGGUCUGAGCUGGAGGAAGGUGACAAGUACGUGGUUGUUGACAGUGGGGGGGGCACCGUGGACCUGACCGUCCAUCAGAUACGGCUGCCAGAGGGGCACCUCAAGGAGCUGUACAAGGCCACAGGUGGACCCUACGGCUCUCUGGGAGUAGAUUAUGAAUUUGAAAAGCUGCUUUGUAAAAUAUUUGGAGAGGAUUUUAUCGAACAGUUCAAGAUCAAACGCCCAGCAGCCUGGGUAGACCUGAUGAUCGCCUUUGAGUCUCGGAAGAGGGCCGCUGCGCCAGACCGGACCAAUCCCCUCAACAUCACGCUGCCCUUCUCCUUCAUCGACUACUACAAAAAGUUCCGGGGCCACAGCGUGGAGCACGCCUUGAGGAAGAGCAACGUGGACUUCGUGAAGUGGUCCUCCCAGGGGAUGCUGAGGAUGAGCCCGGACGCCAUGAACGCCCUCUUUAAGCCAACCAUCGACAGCAUCAUUGAGCACCUCCGGGACCUAUUUCAGAAGCCCGAGGUGUCCACGGUCAAAUUCCUCUUCCUGGUGGGAGGCUUCGCAGAGGCGCCCCUUCUGCAGCAGGCGGUGCAGGCCGCCUUUGGAGACAAGUGCAGGAUCAUCAUCCCCCAGGACGUGGGCCUCACCAUCCUCAAGGGGGCCGUCCUCUUCGGCCUGGACCCGGCAGUCAUCAAGGUGCGCCGCUCCCCGCUCACCUACGGCGUGGGCGUGCUCAACCGCUACGUGGAGGGGAAGCACCCGCCCGAGAAGCUGCUGGUGAAGGACGGCACGCGCUGGUGCACCGACGUCUUCGACAGGUUCAUCUCGGCCGACCAGUCGGUGGCGCUGGGCGAGCUGGUCAAGCGCAGCUACACCCCCGCCAAGCCCUCCCAGCUGGUGAUCGUCAUCAACGUCUACAGCUCCGAGCAGGACGACGUGAGCUUCAUCACCGACCCCGGCGUCAGGAAGUGCGGGACGCUGCGCCUGGAUCUCACGGGGACCAGCGCCUCGGCCGUCCCCGCCCGCAGGGAAAUCCAGACCCUCAUGCAGUUCGGGGACACUGAGAUCAAGGCCACGGCCAUUGACAUCGCCACCUCAAAGAGCGUCAAAGUGGGGAUCGACUUCUUAAAUUACUAAGGGAACCGCCCCUCGCAACCACCAGCCCCCGGGGCUCCUCCGCAUUCGCUGACCUCAGCCUUGACUGUUCUGUCCCCCACCUUGACCGUCCCAUUGCCCACCUGAAUUGCAGUAGGAAAAGACGAGAACCAGGGAGAAAACUGAGGGGUUUUGGUUUGGUUUGGUUUGGUUUUUGAAGGUACUUUAGAGUCAGAAAAACUCAGAAAUUAAUGCCACGAUCUGGAAAUUUGGAGGAUCCUAGGCAGCCGGCUCCCGGGGUUCCUGGAUGGUAAAGCAGUCUGCUGAGGAAACUGGUGCAGCUUGCUCGGAAGGGGUCCCCGGGAGGGCUUAGGACGCCCACCGCAGUCUCUCCGGAUUUAAGCGAGGUCUUUGACCCAGGAGGGCGUCUUCAUCAAAGGUCUUUGUAAAUCAUCUUGGAUGGCAUGGAGCAGGAAACACGAGCUUCCUGCAGUUAAUUUCUUCUCUUUAUCCCGGCUCAGAGCGCUCACUUGGUGGUAACUUACAGCAUUUUUUUUCUCUCUCAAAGCCGGUGGGAGACAGCUGCCCACACUAUCUCAUAUAGAUUACAGGAAGCUCAGUGAGGGGCAGGGCAGCCUUGGCUAACUCAACCGAGAGGGGGUGGGGUAAAAGUGUUGUCACCUCGAUUUUCCAGAGCAGGUAAAAACUUGCCUUGGUGGAGAGGGCACUGAAGAGUUAGUGACGUACCCCAAACUACAGCAGUCCCCUUUUAUCUGUAGAGUGUACAUCCUGAGGUUCCCGGUAGAUGCCCAGAGGGGGGCAGGACCAAACCUUAUCUACUCUACGUUUUUCUAUACUUACAUACCUAUAAUAAAGCUUAGUUUACUAAAGUAAGACAUUAGCAACAGUGACUAAUCUACAUAGGACAAUUAUGAAAGCACUUUGGUGAAAUUUCUAUGAAUGUGGCCCGACUCAGCGUAUCUCACCAUACUGCACCAUUGUGCAUUUCUGGGCCACAGUUGACUGGGGUCAAUUGAAAACCCAGUAAAUGAAAACCCAGAUCACAAGGUGAUUCUUAGAAGAGCAAACCUUGAGUUCAGAGGUCCUACAUAGUUCUAGGUGAUCUUAGUAGGAAUUUAGAGAAAAUAAAGUUUCUAUUUGCCCUGUUUAUAUCAUCACGCCCAGAAAUCCAAAGCCGGCCCCGCCUCGCAGACCAUGCAUACGUGCAGUCAACCCCGUGUCCGCUGUUCUUCCUUCCCCAAUAAAGAAAUACAAAAGGGGGUUCUGUUCCAUCAGAUGUCUCGAUCAAAUCUCCAGCUUUUCAGAUUCACCUAAAAGUAGUAUGCACACCUAGACCUGGUACAUGGGAGCAGCCUUUUCUAAAGCAGGUCUGUGGCUCAGCUGCCUCAGAGUCGCCCGGGUGCUUGUCAAGGACGGGUCCUGAGUCCAUCCUUUACCAGAGCUCACUCUGGAGGGGCAGGAUCUGCAGAUUUAGUGUUGGAAUGUGGGGGUUUUGAACCUGAGAGUCUUGUCAACACUGAAGUGACCACGGAGUGCAUUAUAUGGCCUCAGCUCCUUCCAGGUCUCCCUCAGCAAGAGCCUGUGUGCCCGCACUCUGCCCUGCAGAUAAGAGGCUUGGAGAGGCACCUGGCCUCGGUGGUUGCCCGUUUAACCCUCACAGGAAGGACCAGAGGAGGAAAAGGAUGGCACGAACGGAACCCUGAGAAUGCCGCUGCCCAAGGAGCCAGCCAGGUUCUGAGUUCUCGCCUUCCCUCUGCAAAGCCAGCCUCACCAACAUUCAGGACCCGACUGCGGAUAAAGAAUCAAAAACUGACUCAUAGUCCAUUUGAUGUGUUCAGUGUUGUCUUUCCCACCUGCUGGAAUUCAUUCUGAUUUCUAAACACUGGAGACAUGCAGAAUUAAUGAGUGAAUGAAUGAGUGAAUGAAUGAGGGAAGGGACUUGAAAUGCAGGUUGGAUUUGUGAACCAUCAUCACAGCCAAUGUGCAGAUUUUAAAUAGCAUUUUGAAUUUCAGCCUACUGUCUUCUUUUUCACACCGCUUGCUGCAGAACUCCCUGCUAGAAUGUGAAAACGCUAUCAAACCACAGAACAAGAGAUGGGAGCCCCGAGCCGAACGGCAGGGUCUCACAGGACGCUUGUCUUCUCGGCCUCUCCUGCUAACUCUGCUUCAGAAGCUCAUGGGUCUUUCUUUGGGGUUUCCAGCCACGGUCCUCAAAUAGACUUUCAAUUUUGUUAUAAUGGAUAUAAUUUUGUGUAUAUAUAAUCCUAGAAUCUUGUACAGAAUCUUUAUUUCUACUGUGUGCUUGUUUAAGAAGGAAAAUCCUCUUGGUUUUGGUGGCUAGCACUGCUGCCUGAAAGCGCCACAGCUUCAUUUCUUAACUGCUCCCACCAAUCACAGUCUGUGCUGUUACCAUGCAGUGGACUAAGUACACACGACUGAGCAAUAGACAGAGGUGCCUUGGGUCAGAGUUCUCUGAUCGACAGCUAUACCAGAUCCUUCCACACUUGCUCACCCUGCCAGAAGUUGAGCAGCUUCUGCAUAGAGUAAUGUAUCAAUUCUCCUGUCCCGACUUUGAGAGUGGAACUCACUGGUUCUGUAAGCACGGCCCUGCCAGAACAACCUUGGAUCUAGCAGGGUUGCUGACCUCUCUUCUCUGGCAAGGCAAAGCACGGCAUAGUUCAUGAUCAAGGGAGCCCAGUGGUACAUAAACGGGGUUCUGUCGGGUUGAAUAAGUAAUUGGGAGCAGUACAGUCCAACCUUCUUCUCCUAGCUUGAUGGAAAGCACUCCUCCCCUUAUGCUAAGUCUAUGUCCCUGCCCCCCAUUUUGCUUAAAUGAGCUUAUAGAAAUCUGCAGUGUUAGCAAAGUGAUGAUGAAGAGGGGUGGUAAUUUUACUGGACCUCCGCAGGGCCCAGAGACGCAGCCCAGGAGCCAAACUGAGUAAAGCUUUCCAGUCGCUCCCUGUCCCAACUGACAUAAUCCUAGUCUGAGCACUGGGUAAGUACACUUGGAGCACAUUUCCCAGUCUUAGUUCCAGAAGGCCUGUGGUCUUGACCGGUUGUCCUUUGCUUACCUUAUCUGGCUUCUUUACCACCUGUUCUGUACACAGCAGGUGUUUAUAAACACAGUGACAGGACAUGCAGUCGAAAGAGAAGGUGUUCAGAAGAGGUUCUGGAGAGUGAUGGCUGAGUCCAGGCUACAGACCCGCCCGACCCUUAGAAUGUUACUUAGACCAAGUUUAGCCUUUAGAGUCCAGUCUGGUUAAUGGCCAGGGUAGCAAAGAAUUGCAUGCACCAAUAUAAACAGGAGUCAAAAUGCAUUAAUUGAAGAUCGAAUGUCACACUGUAGUGAUGAAAUAGUUGUGAUCAGGCUUCGCAGUCCGUAUGCUGCGGAACGGCUUAUGUGGAUGGCUAGUGUAAAGUUCUUGGCCAUAAUAUCUCUAACUCCUCCCCUUUGCCUGACAUAUGAAACAGUACCCUAAGAUCUCGGCCACUGGGGGUCUUGCUCACUACAGGACGGAUCCAAACCUCACAGAAUUUGCAGCCGUUCACAACCAGGCAGGAUUGUGCCUGCAAACUCUUGUCCUCACAGAUUCUAAUAAAGUAAAGCUCGGAAUUUCA